GUUGCACCCGGGCACUGUGCAGCCGCGACGGGGCGGGCAGACCCGGGCGCUCAGAACCAGUUUCGGGUCCUCGGCGCUUGGCGCCGGAAUCUCCAUCCCGACCUCCACCCGGCCGGGACCCCCACCCGAACCCCGCCCGGCCCCUGUCCCUCGGGCCGAUGGACUACUCCUACCUCAAUUCGUACGACUCGUGCGUGGCGGCCAUGGAGGCGUCCGCCUACGGCGACUUCGGCGCCUGCAGCCAGCCCGGCGGCUUCCAGUACAGCCCCUUGCGGCCUACCUUCCCCGCGGCUGGGCCGCCUUGCCCCGCGCUCGGCUCCUCCAACUGCGCGCUUGGCGCCCUACGCGACCACCAGCCCGCGCCCUACUCGGCAGUGCCCUACAAGUUCUUCCCGGAACCAUCGGGCCUACAUGAGAAGCGUAAGCAGCGGCGCAUCCGCACCACGUUCACGAGUGCACAGCUCAAGGAGCUGGAGCGCGUGUUCGCCGAGACCCACUACCCGGACAUUUACACGCGGGAGGAGCUGGCACUCAAAAUCGACCUCACUGAGGCUCGCGUACAGGUCUGGUUCCAGAACCGCCGCGCCAAGUUCCGAAAACAAGAGCGCGCAGCCAGCGCCAAGGGCGCGGCGGGAGCGGCGGGCGCCAAAAAGGGUGAGGCGCGCUGCUCGUCCGAGGACGACGACUCCAAGGAGUCCACGUGCAGCCCCACGCCCGACAGCACCGCGUCGCUGCCGCCGCCGCCCGCAGCCAGCCUGGCCAGCCCGCGCCUGAGCCCCAGCCCGCUGCCCGCUGCUCUGGGCUCCGGCCCCGGCCCUGGUCCCGGGCCACAGUCACUCAAGGGCGCGCUGUGGGCCGGCGUGGCGGGCGGCGGGGGCGGCGGACCCGGCGCCGGCGCCGCCGAGCUACUUAAAGCCUGGCAGCCGGCGGAGCCCGGGCCCGGACCCUUCUCCGGAGUGCUGUCCUCCUUUCACCGGAAGCCUGGCCCUGCGCUGAAGACCAACCUCUUCUAGCCGCCGGCCUCCCAAGGCUCGAGCCUGCCCCCAGAGACACCCCCUGGUCCUCCAGGACCCGACAGAAACCGUCCCCAUCCUGGCCGCCUGCCUCAGAGUCCCUUCUUGCCCCCUCCCCGCAGUCUCGGACCCCCUAGGUGUGCCCUCCCCAGCUUUGGAAACCAAGUCAGGCCACUCUCAUCCUCUCACCCGUACCCAGCAGCGCGAGGUCCUUUUCACCCGGA